UAUUUCUUUAAAUUCGUAAGGCAACACACAACAGCAAUAUAAUUAUGUUGCUUCAAAGUUGGUUAUAUAGUUUGUGCUAUAAAACAAAAACCCAUAUUUAACAUAAUCUCGUAAAACGCCAAAGGUAGCCAGUAAAAACUCCUUUGAGGAUAUAUCAUUACAGCGCCCAAAUGAAAAAAGGGUUUCCCUGCAACCUUGGACACAUUAUCUGGUUAAACUUAUUAACCCCUGGGCCGCAAAACUUUAAUUAGUUAACCCUGUGCCCGCUGGAAGCUCGGAAUGCGAGUAUGGUAAAUCAGGUUGAUGAGUGACUGACUGGCUGACUGACCGACGGACAGUCCGGUGGCUCCCGGUUCACGGAGUUCGGACAAGUUUAAUUAGAUCUGCAUAUGCAAUGAGGACUCGGAGGGUUCGUUCCGGUAAACAGGUUAACGAACUGCCGGAACGGACAAGUGGCCAGCAGUUUGCGUUUGGCGGCGAAAGGAUGCGCUGUCUGGGGAUUCUGAUUGUGGCUUACAUAUCCCUGGCGUUGGCCACGUCAAUUCCCAUUCCCAUUGCCAACGAUUCACCACUCGGUGGCUACGAGAUGCAUCUGAAAAUAUUGCUACAGAAAAUCCUGUGGGUGGCCAAUGUGAAGAGAUGCAUUGCCGUCAUCACAGAUGAUCUGCAUUAUCCCAUAUACGAUCGAAUAUUUUUCGAAUCCGUGGGUCGACGAGUAAUACCCUUCUUUGUGAUGCGAACCAAUGAAAGUGAGGAUCUGCAGCGACCUUCCAAACAAGUUGAACUCUUUGUUAAGGCCAUCAAAACCAGUGAUUGUGAACUGAAUGUAAUCACCAUACUAAAUGGCUGGCAGGUGCAACGAUUUCUUGGCUAUAUAUACGAUAAUAGAUCUUUGAAUAUGCAGAAAAAGUUUGUAUUAUUAUACGAUUCGCGACUUUUUGAGAGCUAUAUGAUUCACCUAUGGAGCGUUUUUAUAGGUGCCAUUUUCCUCAAAAGGCAGCUAGACAACAAGUAUACCAUUUCUACCAUAGCCUUUCCGGGCAUUUUGAGUGGCGUUUUGGUAAUGAAAAAUAUGGUUAAUUGGGAGCUGGGAAAAGCUGUGAAUGGAAGGAUUCUAUUUGCGGACAAAACAAGCAACUUAUUCGGAACCCCGUUGCCAGUGGCCAUUUCCGAGCACGUGCCCAUGGUUCUAUGGGCAAAUGCAACCCAGAGAUUCCAAGGAGUCGAGGUUGAGAUUAUGAAUGCCCUGGGCAAGGCACUAAACUUCAAGCCCGUUUACUACAAGCCCAAUCAAACGGAGAACAUGGACUGGGAGCUGGAUGGAAGUGGUAAUCCGGAUGGAUAUGGACAGAAUGGGACACACAUUGACUCGAUGCUUGUGGAUGAGGUGGCUGCGCACAGUGCCAGCUUUGCCAUUGGGGACUUGCAUCUGUUCCAGGUGUACCUAAAAUUGGUGGAGCUAAGUGCGCCGCAUAAUUUCGAAUGCCUGACCUUUCUCACACCGGAAUCCUCGACGGACAACUCCUGGCAGACCUUCAUCCUGCCUUUUAGCGCUGGAAUGUGGGCGGGUGUUCUGCUCUCCCUGUUCGUGGUGGGCACUGUUUUUUAUGCCAUUAGUUUUUUGAACGCCAUUAUCAACGGGAAUGUGUCCUCUGAGUUUUUUCGUUGCCUGCGACCCAAUCGCAGCGUGCCCAUGGAUCCAAAGAUCUAUCGUCGCAUUAGUUUUCGCAUCGCCAUCAGUCGCUAUCGUCCAUCUAAAGGAGAUCGGAUGCCCAGGGAUCUUUUCGAUGGCUAUGCCAACUGCAUCCUGCUCACGUAUAGUAUGCUCCUAUAUGUGGCUCUACCACGAAUGCCACGAAAUUGGCCCCUGAGGGUUCUCACUGGUUGGUACUGGAUCUACUGCAUCCUCUUGGUGGCCACAUAUAGGGCCAGCUUCACUGCCAUUUUGGCGAAUCCAGCUGCCAGGGUUACUAUAGACACACUGGAGGAUCUGCUGCGAUCUCAUAUACCGCCAUCUGCCGGAGCAAAUGAGAACAGGCAGUUUUUCCUGGAUGCCAAUGAUGAGGUUGCUCGAAAAGUUGGCGAAAAGAUGCAGGUGGUCGGCUACAGCGAUGAUUUGACCUCUCGCAUAGCCAAAGGUCAGUGCGCCUACUAUGACAACGAGUUCUAUCUGCGCUACUUACGAGUGGCGGACGAAUCCGGAUCAGCUCUCCACAUCAUGAGGGAAUGUGUGCUCCAUAUGCCCGUAGUGCUGGCCAUGGAGAAGAACUCGGCUCUAAAGCCACGGGUAGAUGCCUCCAUUCAACAUCUGGCGGAGGGUCUGAUAGCCAAGUGGCUCAAGGAUGCCAUAGAGCAUCUGCCGGCGGAGGCACUUGCUCAACAGGAGGCCCUCAUGAAUAUUCAAAAAUUCUGGAGCUCUUUUGUGGCCUUGUUGAUUGGUUACGUAAUCUCGUUGCUAACGCUACUCGCUGAAAGAUGGCAUUUCAAGCACAUCGUUAUGAAGCAUCCCAUGUAUGAUGUGUACAAUCCAAGCUUGUAUUAUAAUUUUAAGCGAAUAUAUCCGCAGCAUUGAACUCAAGAUUGCUGCCUAGAAAUAUAUCUAUAUAUCUUUUUUGCACAUCACUUUGAAAACAUUCCAUGCCAUCGCCCUAAGUACAUAAUCUCAAGUACUGCAAGUUGUCAAUCGAGCACAAGAUUCCAUAAAGUAAUGAUAUAUGCACACACAUGCCCAAUAUUUAUAAUGACAAAUGUAUCUGGGAUACUUGAGUACUGAAGUCUUCAUUGACGUACUGAGAAGAAAUGGAGGGGCCUUGGCAAAUGCGAUCGAUGGAUAUAUAGUGCCAUUUAUCACGAGGAGCCAAGUGGCCUCAAGUACCAGUGGCAAUGUGGUGGUGGUGAAUAAAUUCAAGAGUCUCAAGCGAUUCCUUCAAUCACUUUUCGUAAAUACUGAUUUGCAUUGUUUAUGAGUUAAUGCACAUUAGGCAUUAUUUGUUUAUGGCCAUAUCACAAAUCCUGAGAAAGUUGAAAUGAUAAAAGCCCAUAAAUAAAGCCAUUCUUAAGUGCCAAACUAAACCCCAAAAACACACAAAAAUUCUAUAUAAAAACCGAAAAUCCCCUCGAGAAUUGGAAAACUCACGGGCACUUCAAAACAU